ACUAUAAGGUCGUAUUAUUAUCCAUUUAUCGCCUUCUUUCAUCGCGAUGUUGUCGUUUACUGUUAAACGUUCAGCUAAAUGUUUUUUUCAACAAAAAAAUUGCCUAUCAUCUUUCAACGUUAUUUAUGAAAAUUAUGGUGAUCCGAGAAAGGUAUUAGUUGGACGUGAAAGAGAAAUACAACCAUUGAAAGAUGGUCAGGUUUUGCUAAAAUUCCUUGCCUCCUCAGUCAAUCCAGCAGAUAUUAAUCAAAUUCAAGGGGUUUAUCCGAUAAAACCCUCAAUGCCAGCAGUAGGUGGGAACGAGGGGGUUGCUACAGUUAUUGAAACCAAAAGUCAAAAUUUAAAAGUUGGCGAUUGGGUAAUUCCAGCUUUAGCAGGCUCAGGUACUUGGCGUUCUCAUGCUGUCUUCAAUGAGAAAGACGCUAUUAAAAUAGAUAAUAGCCUACCUUUGGAAUCAGCUGCAACUUUAUCUGUAAAUCCAUGUACGGCUUAUAGGAUGUUGAUGGACUUUGAACGCAUUGAUGAGGGAGAUGUAGUUCUACAGAACGGUGCAAAUAGUGCUGUCGGUCAGGCGGUUAUACAAAUAGCGACAGAUUUAAGGAUCAAGACCGUAAAUGUAAUUCGAGAUCGACCGCGUGUUGAAAAUUUAAAAAGAUUUCUAUUUGAUAUGGGUGCUGAUUAUGUGCUAACAGAGGAAGAAUGCAAAACGCAAUUAUCGGACAUCUUACGAAAGGAAAGUGCGCCAAAAUUAGCCCUCAACUGUGUAGGCGGAAUGAGCGCUACUAAUUUUCUUAAAUAUAUAAGACCGAAAGGAACUAUGGUUACAUAUGGUUGUAUGUCGAAAAUACCAUUCAAGGCUAGCGCUGCCUCUUUAAUUUUUGCUGAUAUUACCUUCAAAGGAUUUUGGAUGUCUAGAUGGAAUGACGAAAAUAAUCAAUCAGCCGAACGAUAUCGCACAUUAGACUAUCUCUCUUCUCUUAUAAAAAAGAAUAAACUUAAGUGUCCACCUGUUUCUAAAGUACCUUUGGAAAAAUUUCCGGAAGCUAUCGAAAAUGCAAUGACAGAAUUUACGACGCAUAAACAACUAUUAGUUUAG